AUGGAUCGAAUGUGGUGGGCCCUGCUGCUGCACUUGGCGCGCGCAGCGAGCGACGAGACGUGCGCAAACGGUGCACACGACAGCUCCCUGGAACCUCCGGUCCUGCCCGUGCUGGAUCUGGCGCCGUUCGCCGCGAUCUCCGCCACUCCCACGCCCGCGCAGCGCGCCGUCGCCGCCGCGCUCGACGCGGCCGCGCGCGACCACGGCUUCGUCGCUCUGAAAAACCUGGCCGACCGCGAGCUCCUCGACCGCGCGUGGAACGCGUCGGCCGCGCUCUUCGCGAUGGACGACUCCUCCAAGGCGCGGCUCGAGCGGCUGACGCCGGCGGCGGGCCGCGCGUUCAACGUGAAGGAGCGCAACGACUACGCCGCCGCGCCGCCGGGCUUCGGCGACGCCGCCGACGAGCUCUGGCGGGCCAUCAUCGAGGGCGCGGCGCGGCGCUACGCCGUCGCGGCCGCCGUCGCGCUCGACCUGCCGCGCGACUUUUUCGCCGCGAGCCUCGCGGCGCUCGACCAGUGCACGCUGCGGUUCCUGCACUACCCGGCUUUGCCGGCGGGGGACGGGCUCCGCGCGCGCGCGGGCGAACACACGGACUUUGGCUUCGUCACGUUCCUCUUCGUCCGCGACGGCGCGCCGGGCCUCCAGAUGAAGCCCGUCGCCGGCGGCGAGGUCGACGACUGGCGGGGCGGCUGGCGCGACGUCGCCGCGCCCGGGGACGACGCCGUCGCCAUCGUCAACACGGGCGCGCUGCUCGCGCGGUGGACGAACGACCGCUGGCGCGCGACGGCGCACCGCGUCGUCGCCGGCGCCGGCGCCGCGGCGCCGCGCUACGCCAUCGCGGCCUUCAUCGACCCGGACGCGGACUUCGAGGUCGCCGUCCACCCGUCCUUC